AUGAGUAACGAUGAUCCUUGGGCGAACCUUCAAUCUGAUAUGUUGAAUCAAAUUGUUAAGUACAUACACUCUUAUGAGGAUUACGCUCGACUUCGUCUUGUUUGUAAACCGUGGAGUUUGACGCUUACAAAGACUCCGGAGCACAAAUAUCCAUGGCUAGUGACGUUACCUUCGGUUGAAGAUUCUAUUGAAACUCAUGGUCUAAGAGAGAAAGAGAUUAAUCAAAUGAGAUUGCCGCAGAUGCAGAACCACGUGUUUCGUGGGUCUUCUUGUGGAUUUCUGGUCAUCCUUGGUUUAUUGGAUGGAUCGUUGCAUUUAUUGAAUCCAUUUACAAAGGUUAGCUUUGAUCUUUCCCCAAUCUCAACUUUACCAGAUAUAGCUAAUUAUUUGCCUGAUUAUUUUGUGAAUGAAUAUGUUAUGCGGGAUAUGGUGGAUGGCUCAACUGCAACCGUAGAGCGAAUUCAUAUGAAUAACACAUCGGUAUAUAAGAUAAUUAUUUCCUCCCCUCCCGAUCGUGACACACAUGAUUUCAGGGCUGUAGUUAUAUACGGUGAUCAUUGUAGAUUGGGUUUCUAUAGAUUGGCUGUAGUUAUAUACCAACGACGAAAGCACCAUCUAGCUGCACAUGGUAAUGGCAGGUUGUUAAUGGUGGGGAUGCAUUAUGCCUUUACUCGUAAUCCUGGUUCAUAUGCAUAUCAGACUAAUAAUUUCAACAUAUAUAUGUUGACCAAAAAUGAACCUGAGUGGUCCAGAUUGUAUAAUCUAGGAAACUAUGCCUUAGUACUUGGAUUAAAUUCAUCUAUUUCUACGAUACCUCAAGCUUUUACUUACACCAAACCAAAUCAUAUUUACUAUACGGACAAUCUAUUAGAACAUCAUCACGUAAAAGAUGUCGGUGGUCACGAUAUAGGUGUUUUUGAUUUGGAAAGCGGUAGCAAUAGUCAACUUUUUCCAGCUGCACAGUUCCUUCUCCCUCCUCCAGUUUGGUUGUGCCAAUGA